UUCCAUUUCCUAUAUAACUUGUCCCUCUCUAUUGAUCAAGGACUCUUACGCCUCCCUCACUCUAUCCUCCCUCCCCAUAUCAAACGGACAAUAGCCACAUCAUUUCGAGGAACUAUCAUGAUUCGUGUUGCUCUACUUUUAUUCGCGAUCCAUUUCUCAGGCUAUGGUCUUUUAGGAGUGGAGUCUCUGGGGAUCAACUAUGGCCAAGUCGGGAACAACUUGCUGCCACCGGACAAGGUCCUCGACCUCUUGAGCUCCUUGAGGCUCACCAAAGCGAGAAUCUACGAUACCAACCCUCAAGUCCUGACUGCAUUUGCAAACUCGGACGUCGAGCUCAUAGUGACGAUCGAGAACAACAUGUUGGGCCAGCUGACGGAUCCCGAGCAGGCCCUCCAGUGGGUCAGCACCCACAUAAAGCCGUACUUCCCGAAAACCAAAAUCACCGGUAUCCAUGUGGGGAAUGAGAUCCUGGGAGGGGAUAGCUCUGACCCGGCCCUGAUGACGAACUUGGUUCCAGCAAUGGCGAGCCUCCAAAGGGCGCUGGCCCAGCUCGGGCUCGAUUCGCACAUUCAAGUCUCGAGCCCCUGUUCUCUCGGGGUCCUGGCAGAGUCGUACCCACCUUCUGGAGGGAGCUUCAAGGGCGAGCUGUCCGGGGUGAUGUACCAAUUACUACAAUUCUUGGCGAGCACCAGGGCACCUUUCUGGAUCAAUGCCUACCCCUACUUUGCAUACAAGGACGACCCUUCCAGCAUUUCCCUGGACUACGUCCUCUUCAACCCUAACCAGGGAAUGGUCGAUCCUUACACAAAGCUCCGCUACGACAACAUGCUCUAUGCUCAAGUUGAUGCAGUCAUCUUUGCCAUGGCCAGGAUGGGCUUCCAAGGGAUCGAAGUUCGGGUGUCUGAAACCGGGUGGCCUUCAAAAGGAGAUGCAAACGAGGCUGGGGCAACCUUACAGAAUGCAGCGAUUUAUAAUAGGAAUCUGCUGAGGAGACAACUGCAGAACGAAGGGACACCAUUGAGACCGAGUACAAGGCUGGAGGUUUACGUGUUUGCGCUGUUCAACGAGGAUAUGAAGCCCGGACCGACUUCGGAGAGGAACUACGGUCUCUUUCAACCUGAUGGCAGAAUGACUUACAACGUUGGACUUUCCGCCUUGUCGAAUCAUAAAGCCACUUCAGCUACCAUCUCUCUCACUUCCUCCGCCACCAAGGUAGCGAAUAAGGAAAACCAAAGCUUGGUUUACUGGAUGUUUGUGUAUUUGCUGACCUUUCAAGUACUCUUUAUGAGAAGAAGACCCUUUUAAUCGAAUGGGAGGUUCUCCAUCGCAUGCAUGUAUAUAUUUACAUCUUGGUAAGGAAAAAGUUUAAAUUCUUUUUUAGGGGCUUUUUUUUUCUUUCUUUAUAUUGCAUUGCAUGGUUAAUUAGUAGGAAAUGGGGAAAUUAUUAGAAACAACCGAGCACGCAAAAUACUAUUGAUUAGAAUUCAAUCCAGAGAUCUGUUUAUUUCA